CUGUGCUACAGUAAGACGCUGCUCUUUGUACAGUGUGCUCUCAGGUUAGUCUCUGGGUGAGCUGUGGGGACUCCCUGUCGGAGGAGCUGACGGAAUGGACGGACAGUGAACCCACUCAUCUCUCUCUCUGCUACUCUCAUUUUCCGCCAAAGGCUUGUUCAUCUCCACUGUGUUUAGCCACUGACCAAUCUCUCUAGGAAACCCCGGGGACACCUGUCGCGUUUCAGGUAGGCAGAAUCAUUCGAUAAUGGCACUUAAUUGGAUGGAUUCUCCAAAAAAGGAAAAAAAAAAAAGCUGUGCAGAAAGCUUAAUGUUUAGGCUGUGUUUGGAUGGGGAGUUGGGGAUUAUCUGAACUGAUCAGAACCCCAGUGUGAGGAGACAAAGCCGUUGUAAUGUCUGUCUUUAUCGGUGUGGAGUCCGUUUAAUUGCAACAACUGUAAGGUGCUUCCUUUGUGCCGCGCUACCGUGUAAUUACGCGCUCUGACAGCGUUUCCCGUCUUGUUUGCAGGCUUCAGCAAUGAGAGGACGAUGGAGCUCACAUUCCAUGCCUAUAUUGGUCUGUUUGAUCAUACUGUGGCAGACACGGUCACAAGCAGAUUCCAAUUCAACACGUAACUUCAAAGACAUCACCACCUUCACCAAGAUCCUGGACAGUCUGCUGGAUGGAUAUGACAACAGACUGAGACCUGGCCUGGGAGACCGAGUAACGGAAGUGAAGACUGACAUCUAUGUGACCAGUUUUGGUCCAGUGUCUGACACAGAUAUGGAGUACACUGUUGAUGUUUUCUUCCGUCAGAGCUGGAAGGAUGAGCGAUUGAAAUUCCAUGGACCAAUGAACAUUCUGCCUCUCAACAACCUGAUGGCCAGUAAGAUCUGGACCCCUGACACCUUCUUCCAUAACGGCAAGAAAUCUGUUGCUCACAACAUGACCAUGCCUAACAAGCUGCUGAGGAUCAUGGAGGAUGGAACAUUGCUCUAUACUAUGAGGCUAACAGUUCAAGCUGAGUGUCCAAUGCACCUUGAAGACUUCCCCAUGGACUCUCACUCAUGUCCUCUCAAGUUUGGCAGCUAUGCCUACACCAAGACAGAGGUUACUUACAUCUGGACUCGUAAUGCCUCCCAGUCAGUGGACGUGGCAGCUGAUGGAUCCAGACUCAACCAGUACGACCUGGUGGGGCAGUCUGUGGGGAAGGAGACCAUUAAAUCCAGCACUGGUGAAUACACAGUGAUGACUGCUCACUUCCAUCUGAAGAGGAAGAUCGGCUACUUUGUGAUCCAGACAUAUCUGCCCUGUAUCAUGACUGUCAUCCUCUCCCAGGUCUCCUUCUGGCUCAACCGAGAGUCAGUGCCAGCCAGAACUGUCUUUGGUGUAACUACAGUUCUCACAAUGACAACCCUGAGUAUCAGUGCCCGUAAUUCACUGCCUAAGGUGGCCUAUGCUACAGCUAUGGACUGGUUCAUUGCUGUCUGCUAUGCCUUCGUCUUCUCGGCACUUAUUGAAUUUGCCACCGUCAACUACUUCACCAAGCGAGGCUGGGCCUGGGAUGGAAAGAGUGUCGUCAAUGACAAGAAAAAGGAAGCGUCAAUAAUGAAGAAGAAUAAUGCCUAUGCUGUAGCUGUGGCUAACUACGCUCCCAACAUCACCAAAGACUCCACGCUGCCCACCAUCUCCAAGUGUGCCCUGAGCGAUCCAAACAAGACCACAUCGGAGACGAAGCCCGAACAGAACAAGAAAACCUUUAACAGCGUCAGCAAAAUCGACCGUAUUUCCCGCAUCAUGUUCCCCGUGUUGUUUGGGAGCUUUAACCUGGUCUACUGGGCCACCUACCUGAACAGAGAGCCAGUCAUUAAAGACCUGAACCCUUCCAAAUGAACUGUAGUGACGAGCAGACAAGCACACAGCCCAUUCAGGACUAAAAAACAUCUGUUGGUAUUCAUUUUUAUCAGCCAAAAACUGUUUACAUGCACAGAGAAUUCCCUUCCCUCUUUCCUUACUGAGUACAGUUUUCGACUGAUGCAGGUAAACAUUAUAACUGAGUUAGAAUAAACCUGAGAGCUCAUA